AUAUACAGUUUAUAAAAGUAUGAAUACUUAAAUACUUAAUCCCAUAAUGUGCCGACUUUAUGUCAAUAGGAUAUUGGUUGUCAGCUGUGUAGGUAAACAUAUCAGUGUGACACGGAAAUUUACAAUUAAAGGAAUUGCAUAAACGCAAUCGAUUGCGUGAAAUAUGAUGAAUAAGAAUAUGCUUUGAGGCGUGAAAUGCGUUCGAUUUGUGUGGAUAUUUAAGUAGUAUUUCGUAUAUGUUGUGAACAUUUUAUGAUCAAGGAUUAAGCAUUGUCAUAUGAAAGAAAUGUGAGAAUGUGACUUGAUACAAUUUUGUGAUGACGUGGAUGUAAUUUUGUUUGUCAAAUUUCAGGCUUCGUAUUACAUCAGAUACAGAGCACUUUGCGUGACGUCAUCACUUAAUAAACUCGUUGCGUCGUCAUUGAAACGACGAGUCACAUUCUUAACAUAAUACUAUCAAUAUGAAAGGUAAACAUGUAAACAAUGGUCACAAAUAUGAAAUAAACGAGUCGAAAAUGUCGACGGGGAGUAAUGACGUCAUUGUCACUGAUGACGUCAAGGGGGAGGACGUAAAGUGCGGCUACGGAACGUGCAAACCCAGGACGCUGCAAAAGUUCAACAAUCCGAAAUUUCUGCUAUUCGUGAUGUGUGUGUUUACAGUCAGUCAAGGGUUUGUUGUGAACGGCAUCAACAACGUGAACACGCAGUCCUUGGAGCGGCGCUUCCGGCUGCCCAGCUCCAGGUCCGGUUUGAUCUCCAGCGCAUACGACUUCGCGGCAGCCAUCUUCGGAGUCGUUAUCAGCUUUGUCGGUUCGGGGCGGUACAAGGCACGUUGGUUGUCCGGGGCCGCGUUCGUGAUGGGGCUGGGGUCGCUAACCAUGGCGAUUCCGCACUUCACCACCGGUCUCUAUGACUACGGACAGGGCGUUGUGGGCACCACGUGCAACAAAGGUGCAAAUGUGACGGAGGCAUGUGAGGAAACGGGACUUAGUAACUACCUGGGCGUGUUCAUGACGGGGAUGAUCCUGCACGGUGUGGGUGGCUGUAUCCUGUACACGGUCGGGGUGGGUCUGCUGGAUGACAGCGUGGAGGCAACCAAAUCACCGCUAUACCUGGGUAUAUUAUACGGCUUUGCGUCUUUAGGACCCGGGCUAGGGUAUAUCGUCGGGGGUCAGUUUCUCGAUAUUUACGUCGACUUCGACAAAGUGGACAUGAGCACUAUCAACAUUGACAAGACUGACCCAAGGUGGGUGGGAGCGUGGUGGCUGGCCUUCUUUAUCACCAUGACAACAUUCUGGCUGAUCGUGGUGCCGUUGUCACUGUACGGCUCAGAACUGCCAAGUUCACAGGCGAUAAGAGCAACUCGGAUUUCCCAGAUGCACAACGGAGAACACGAUGCGUCUGGCGGCCAUGGCAAAAACAAAAGGCUGCCAAUCAAAAUGUUCCCCAAAGUCAUGUGCUCAUUGCUAAGGAACGCUCCUUUUGUGUUCACGAUGUUGGCCGGAGCCACCGAAGGCGUUCUAACAUCCGGCUUUGCGACAUUCGUGCCAAAGUAUAUUCAGAAUAAGUUCGGUGUAACGUCAAGUUUAGCCGCAUUAUACACAGGUGCCGCUGCAGUACCCGGUGCAGCCGGUGGCAUGUUCCUGGGAGGCUUUAUCUGUAAUCGAUUAAAGCUUAAGGUUCGCGGCAUGUUCAAGUUCUCCGUGAUCACGUGCCUGCUCACCCUCGUCUCCAUCAACAUCAUGUGGAUCAGCUGUGAGGAGAGGCCGUUUGCAGGGGUCAACAGGGGCUACUACAAUGCAAGUGGAGGUUCCAAGGACGAAGUAGUAUCCAAUUGCAAUAGAGAAUGUGGUUGCUCGACGCGUUACUACAAGCCCGUGUGCGCACAGGAAGUGCAGUACUUCACCGCGUGCCACGCCGGAUGUGAGUCCGAGUCCAAGGGCAAAGACGGAAGCCUUAUCUACGGAAAUUGCUCGUGCAUAGCGCCGGACCCCGUCACCAACGCGACACUCGCGACCGAGGGCACGUGCGCCUCCGGUUGCUCGAUGAUGUACCUGUUCAUCGUGCUUUUCUUCAUCACUAUCCUGCUUACGUUCCUGCCUUCCACGCCGAGCGAUUCCGCAACGCUGAGGUGUAUUCACGAAGAUCACCGGACGUUCAGCAUGGGGCUCAAGUGGAUGUUCAUCCGGCUCCUCGGCACGGUUCCCGGCCCUGUAAUAUUCGGUGCUGUGACAGACACUGCCUGCGUUGUGUGGCAAGAAGAAUGUGGGAAACCAACGUCCUGCUGGAUUUACGACAACAGUGUAGUUAGCCGCAACUACUUUUUGAUAGCACUGGUAGCAAAAGGAUUAUCCAUGCUUUCCUUUGCACUGGCAUAUUUCUUGUAUAAACCGCCGCCAGAGGCUCUUGCACAGCACGAACUCAGUGCGCAUGCCCACGACGGCUCGAAACCGGAAAUGAGCUUUGUUAACGGAUCAUUCCGCGCGGGCGAAUUUGAGGUCGGUGUUCUCGAAACCGAGGCGACACAUAAUGGACCCACUGGCGGAGCAAGUCAGGAAAAAACCACCAAUUUGUGAUUCACUCUUACAGGGUUAAUAUGCUCUACAAAAAUGGCAAAAUUUUCAGUGCACUUUUUUUCUACGAUGAGCACAAAGGCUAGUGACAUUGUCACAGACAUUCAAUACAUUUUAUCCAUUUAUACGAUGUCCACAAAAAACUGUCAUUGAGCAUGUUCACACAAUAACCAUUUAUUUUUCACAAAUCUUUACGUUUUAUCGAUUGAUUGUUUUCGUUUGAUUGUUACAAAUUGUUGAUUGGCUGUUAGCUGCUCUCUUUUCCGCUGCAUACACAAACAUCGCCAUUGUUACAAAUUGCUUAAUCUCAUGGAUAUAAUUUUUAGCGAGGCUGUUUUCGGAGAAAACCCGAGGUAUUGUCAUAGCCUGCUCGUCGUCCGCCGUCCGCCUUCCGCCGGCGUCGUGCUAAAACCUUUACAUUGGCUCUAAAAUCAAAGUGCUUCCACCUACAACUUUGAAACUUCAUAUAUAGAUACACCUUGAUGAGUUCUACACGCCACACACAUUUUGUGUCACUAGGUCAAAGGUCAAGGUCACUGUGACCUCUAAAAAAAUAAUCUGACAAGCUUUCGCAGCCGAGCUUGGCACCCGUUAUGCGGUGCUCUUGUUCAAAAUCAUUUUUGCUUUGUUGAUGCUCGUUUUAAUAAAACAUGGAAGAUUGUUAUAGCAUUCCCCUAAUCAUUAAAUGUCUAUACGACGAUAGGUUUUUACUUAAGAACGCACGGGUUUUGUUUUGUUUUCGAUUUCCACACUUCUUUCAUAAGUCCAUAAAAUUAACAUAACCCGUACGUGUUUGAAUGUGUCAUGUUUACUUGCUGAUAAUACGUUUGUCUUUUGCUGCCAUAUAUACACUGAACAUGUUCAUAUUUAACUAGGUGCUGAUACACUGGUAAUUGUUUAUUGCGUUGCAUACUAAGUUUAUUGUCCCAUAUGUCUGAUUCCAUCUUUGCUUGCUAUUAACUACCUCGAACAAGAACAGUGUCAUUAUCGCAAAUCGUUUGCACGCUAUAAGUCAUUUACUACCGUUAUCAUAUGUUGUAUUCAAUUAUCAUAGUCAUUUGCAAAUAUGAGUAUCAUAGUCAUUUGCAAAUAUGAGUAUCAUAGUCGUUUGCAAAUAUGAGUAUCAUAGUCGUUUGCAAAUAUGAGUAUCAUAGUCGUUUGCAAAUAUGAGUAUCAUAGUCGUUUGCAAAUAUGAGUAUCAUAGUAAAUAUGAAUAUCAUAGUCGUUUGAAAAUAUGAGUAUCAUAGUCAUUUGCAAAUAUGAGUAUCAUAGUCGUUUGCAAAUAUGAGUAUCAUAGUCGUUUGCAAAUAUGAGUAUCAUAGUCGUUUGCAAAUAUGAGUAUCAUAGUCGUUUGCAAAUAUGAGCAUCAUAGUCGUUUGCAAAUAUGAGUAUCAUAGUCGUUUGCAAA